AUGAAUAACAACAUAUAAAAAUAAAGAAUCUUUCAUUUUCUUUUUUUUUAGAUUUUAAUAAAAUAGAAUAAUUGCUUUUAUAAGGAUGGGUAUUUGUUAUAGAAAGAGUAAUAAUUAUUAAGAAUUUCAUAUACUAAUGAAUUAUAAGUAAUUAACUUUCAAUAAAAACUAAUAUUUGAUUAGAUAGUUCUAAUAAUUUUCUCAAAUUAUGGGUAAAGAGAUGUCAAUUUAUAAUUUAGAAAUUGA